AUGGCUUUCCUUCGCUUGGCCUGCGCACUGAUGCUCCUUUUCUACAUCGAGAAUGCUUGCGCCAUCAGGGGGGGCGACGUCUCGAACGUGGAAUGCAAGGAGAAGCUCACCGUCACCGCAGCGAAGCAACACUUCAUGACCGAGGUGCAGAAGAUGCCAGCCACCGCCACAGCCUUGUGCAAUUGGGCGACGAAUGGACAAAAUCCAGACGCCAGGGAGGAGGCGCUGACGUACAUGGCCAAGCAGCUAAGCAAGCUGCAGGUGUGGAUCGCCGAAGAUUGGGUUCUUGCCAGGUGUUUGGAGUCUUGGGUGGAGGGUUAG